AUGAUUUUUAACGUAAAAUUAUGCAGCUCCGACAAAACCACUCACAAUUGUGAUAUCCUCGUCGGCGCCGACGGCAUUCACAGCACUCCCACAGUCGUGCUACCUCGCAAUAGCGGUUGUUGGGCAGUCAUGGCCCUGAAGCCGUAUGCGGAAGCUCAAGCUAGUAUUGGACAGGGAAUAGAUAUUGAUGAUGCUCGGGAGUACGCCUGGAUUGGCAAUGGGACCUUUCUAAUGCACAACGUCCUGAGUGAGGGCCAACUCGUUCAGCUUGUUCUGACAGCAUACGAAGAACAAGCAGUAGGUUCGGACCGUUGGCAUCGUACUGUUUCAGCAGAUGAGAUCCGCAGACUAUACAACGACUGGCCACCGCACUUGAAGAAUGGAAUCGGACAGGCUUCUGGAGGUGGCAUGUCCGUCGAAGACAGCUUUCUCCUCUCUUCCUUGCUUAGCCACGCCACGUCACCAACGGAAGCACUUAACGCGCUGAAAGCAUACGACGAAGUGCGGAGGCCACGCACACAGCGUAUUGUUGAAUCUAGUCGAGGUACAGGAGAAAUCAUGACAGGUAGGGGCGGCGAGACUGAGAUGCCCCUUGACCAAAUUAGAGAGAAGCUUGUUCAUAGGUGGGACUUCAUCUUUGAUAUCAAACUCGAUGAGCAUCGAGAUGAGGCUAUCACCAUUAUGAACCGCUUGAAUCUAUCGCAGUAG